ACAGAUCGGGGGAGGAGUCACAACACGAUCACCUAGUAACCAGUAACGUAAACUGACCAGAAGGGUCGUAAAUACGAAACCCGAUCCGCGAAGUCGGAUCUUUCGUGCAGCUGCUUCAACGCUCGCAGACUGAACUUGUCUCGAGAUUGAGAAGACAACCCUUGCGGAUUUGAAAGGAAUAAAGAAAAAGCAAUACGCAACAUAUGGACAACGUUGAAAAGCGUCGAUUCGCGAGGUUGGUAGUGAGAGACAGGAGUUCAUAAAUAGACAACGGAAGCUUCCUCGAGCCACUGGAAUAAACCCGCAAUUUCACACAUUUUCAUUUGGUAGAGGGAUUCCUGAUGUGGCAGCUUAAUGCCAACUCGACAUAAAACCAGAAAGCCCUUCUGUAAAACAUGGUGAGAGGGGUUCUUGAAACCAAUGAGCUUACCAGGCAACACUGCUGCCGCUAUGGAGAACUCUAACUAAUGUGAACUUAAUGGGGAUGAUGAUAUUACACAUAGCAAUGAUGGAACAGCCGCAUUGACAAAGAUCAACUGCACUCACUCUCAGUGCGCUGCUGCCAAUCAGCAUGCUGCGGAUACUGUCACUCAAAUUUGGCCGCGUCUACCGGUGUGGCAAGUUCCUCUUCAUCAUAGCUCUUUUUGUUAUCCUGCUGAUGAACACUCACAACCUUUUAGCCUCUUUCCAGAGGAACGAGCUCACCGACCGGCGAUUCAUCGGCCUCAACAAGUGUCCGGCCUGCUUCGGCACUAGCUGGUGCCGCAAGUUCAUGAACAGCCAAGUGACCUUCGAGAUGUGGGGUCGCCUGCGCUUUCUAGACUUUUUCAAUGUAAAGAAUGUUUAUUUUGCUCAAUAUGGAGAACCCAGGGAAGGAACGCGCAGGGUCGUGCUCAAACGCCUGGGCUCCAACCAAGAGCUCGCAGAGAUCGAUCAGAAGAUCUGCAAACGGGCCACUGGAAGACCUCGCUGUGAUCUCAUUCAGGGUAUGUACAAAACUGAGUUCGCCCGACUUAACGGGGACGUAAGGCUGCUGACCCCAGAGGUGGUGGAGGGCUGGUCGGAUCUGGUGCACUGCCCCUCGCAGAGGCUUCUUGACCGUGUGGUCAGGAGGUACGCGGAGACCAAGGACUCUGGUAGCUUCCUGCUGAAGAACCUUAAGGACACGGAACGAAUGCAGCUGCUGAUGACGUUGGCAUUCAACCCUGAGCCUCUUGUGCUGCAGAGUUUUCCCUCAGAUGAGGGCUGGCCGUUCGCCAAAUACCUGGGGGCCUGUGGCCGGAUGGUGGCGGUGAAUUACGUGGGCGAGGAGCUCUGGAGCUUCUACAAUGCACCCUGGGAGAAAAGAGUGGAUCUGGCCAAGCAGCUGAUGGACAUCGCCGAGCAGCUGACCAACAACGACUUUGACUUUGCCCUUUACCUCCUAGACGUGAGUUUCGACAACUUUGCAGUUGGGCCUCGUGACGGAAAAGUCAUCGUCGUCGAUGCAGAAAACAUCAUCGUGGCGGACAAGAGAUUGAUUAAGCAGAAUAAACCAGAGAACUAUGACGUGUGGUACGAGAGCCGCUACGAGGAAUGCGACAAAGAGGCCUGUCUCUCCUUCUCCAAGGACAUCCUCUGCUCUCGAGUCACCGUGGACCACAACUACUAUGCUAUCUGUCAGAACCUGCUCUCUAGAUUCGCCACCUGGCGCGGCACCACGGGCGGUCUCCUCCACGACCCCCCUGCCGACUUGGUCAAAGACGGCCGCCUCACGGCUCUGCUGGACGAAUGCACCAGGCCUCAGAAACAGUACGGUCGCUUCCAGGCAGCUAAAGAACUGCAGGAGUACCUGACAGAACUCACACAGCUGAGCAAUACUAACAGGUAGUGUCAAGAACAAGGGACAUUCUGUGCCCCCAUCCUCCUCAAGAAAAGACCACUGAAUUACUUUUACAAAUGUGCUACCAGAUUCUGGAACACAUUCAUUCACCUUCAAGGUAGUCGCUAUUUCGUUGCCGCUAUCAAUCAUGCCAACAUUGGCUCCAGUCCUGUCCGGGGACUAAUUAAAGAAGUUUGCACAUGAACAUGGAUUAAAGGGUCGUGUGAAAAUCAGCAGACUAGAGGCUCAAACUGCUAUGAUCACACUGGUGUGUGUGUGUGUGAUUUUGUGUGUGUGUGUGUGUGUGUGAGAUUGUGUGUUUGUGUGUGUGUGUGUGUGUGUGUGUUUAUGUGUGUGCGUGUGUGUGUGAUUGUGAUUGUGAGAUGAUUGUAAUAUCUGAUGCUUCAGUGAACCCUUGCUGCCAAUAUAGGUUCUGAUCAAGAUCCUGUAAUAUGGUUUCUAAUUAAUUUAUAAAUUGAGUGCUGUAGGUGCACUGUGAGCAGGGGUUAUACCUGAAGUGAUACAGGGAGCUUUGUUUAUAUUUGGGUGAAUCUUAACAAAAAACAUGUCCAGGUCAUGUUUUAAUCCAAAAUAAAAAAUAAAAAAUCUAAUAUUUUGAAUCAAAUACAUUCCUCUGUUAGCCAAGAU